ACCAGUCUCGAUCGGGGUCCUGGCAGUGGAUCGGUCCUCUAGAUUCCGUUUCUAAUUUUUGUGGUGUUCGUCACCAGUCAUUAUCUCAGCGUCGCAUGUCUCCUCUUGCUAGCUUUGUUUUCAGUUGGCUGCGGCGUUGCAACUCUGAGAAGAAGAAGAAGCGCCAGGAAGUGCUGCACAUGAGUUCUGUCUCUCUCUCCGUCGCGACGUUGUGUUCCCUCCCAACCGUUGGUAGAGUUCUUGUAGGAGGGAUCAUUAAAUUCAUUUAUGGCGAAAUAGGAUAGAACCAUUCCUGUGUCUCGGCGUGAGGUUCGUUGCACUGUCAAGGUUACUCGUCUGUGCAUCUGCUGCUAAAUCUUUUUUCUUUCUUCCCGAGGUUAUCCAUUUUUCCGAGUCCUGCCCAGAACUGCACCGACUGCAAAUGAGUCAAAGUUUGAGAGCUAAUGACUGCAGCGAGUUUCCGGACAUGGAAGUUUGGUUGAAUGCGAGAACGAAGUGGAGCGAGAAUCACGAUGUUCAUGCUGAGUCCUCUGUAAGCGUGCCGUUAUCCUUUCACUCCGAUGAAACACUCAUCACCGGUGCGGGAUCUUUGUUCGAGGAUUCAAGGAAGGAAGAUGUAACAUUGCGUCCAUUUUUGAAGCUAGAGACGAUGGGGUUGUGUGUGGAGAAUCAAAAUGCGCGGCUUUUGAGUGCCAGAAGCGCAGGCAUGGUAGACUCAUCGUGCAACGAGGAAGACAUUUCCGAGCAAGCGAGUUCUGUUGCUUUGAGUGUGAUUCCAUCAGGGACGGUUUCAGCCGCAGACUUUCUGGAUCAGGCGCCAAGAGUAGACGAAGUCGCGAAUCUGUACAUGGAAGCUGAUAGUCCCCAUGGACUGCUGUUUUCCACUGGUCUGCAGCUCGAAACAACUUCGAGAACGGCUUCCCACAAGCGUGUCUUAGAUGAUUCCUCCGAAGCAUCAUGCAUGCAAGUCGCGGAUGUCCAAUCCCAGUCGCGGAAAUCGCCAAAGGUGCAACACGGACCGGUAUUGCUCCAAGACGAUGGUCUUCAAGUCCCAGUUGAUUAUGUGCCUUUCGUGGCCAUGGCCAAGCCCUCGCAGGCUCACUUUGCGAUUUCCACCUCCGCAACGUUCCUACCAACCUCGCCUGGCAAUGUCGUCCCCGCAGUUCUUUUCCCGACGCCCUUGACGCUCCCAAAUGUUCCCAGCAUGGAAGAAAUCGCGCAGACGCGGCCCAAGCGGCGCAACGUCCGAAUCUCUUCGGACCCUCAGAGCGUGGCGGCGAGACAUCGUCGUGAGCGCAUCAGCGACCGCGUUCGUGUGCUGCAGCAUUUCGUGCCCGGGGGUACCAAGAUGGACACCGCUUCCAUGCUUGACGAAGCCAUCCAUUACGUCAAGUUUCUACAGCAACAACUGCAGGCAAUGGAGCGGAUUUCCCGGGGCGGUUCCGUGAUGAUGCCCGAGGUCGGGUACAACUAUAACGCGGGGCGUGUAUUGGACCUGGACUACGGUAGUCACGAAACACACCCAUCCAAAUCCAUGGCUCCACCUGCAUCCCAGCAAUCUGUGCCAACAAGGCUAGACAAGACGUGGGCAACCAACCCUUUGCACAGUCAGGGCCUCCGGGACCCAGUACUGCAGCAGUUUUGUCACUAGGAGAUCACCACCAACACGACUCGUCUCGCAAGCGCAGGCAUCCAUGAGCACUCACAAAAUGCCAAUCGCAGACAUCCAGCAAUCCGGAUUCUGCAGCACUGACUCCUCGCAUUCGUGCCAAAGCUCUCACCGAAUGCGGUUACAAACUGAGCAGGCGUUCAUCUUCCAUGGCUGAGCUAUUUAAUCCAAGUCCCUCAUGCUGAGCAACCAUCCAAGACUUGGAACCAUUCUCGCACUACAAGUGUGUCGAUAUUCAAGUCCUCAUCCCAGCGGAGCCACUCCACCGACAGCGCCCAAGCCACCAAUUUUGCAACUCUCGCACUUAUCUUUUCUUUUGCUUUGUCUCUUUUUCUUCUUCUUCUUCUUCUUCUUCUUCUUUCACUCUUAUUCUUCAUGGAAGACUCGGAGCCUCGGCGUCUUUCUUCCUUUUCCCCUCCUCCAUCUGUGCAUACAGUCGCCGUGUUGAGACUAGAGAAACAAGUGAGGAUAUCCGUUGUUGAUGACGUUUAUGUAUAUGGUUUUAAUAAGAUGGUUUCCAUUCUUCUUUGAGCACAA